AUGUAAAAAAAAUUUAACUAAGUUGGUAUUGAAAGUAAGGAUAGUACUAUGAAUCUUUUCAGAGUUAGACCAUAAUUCUUAACUCAUGUAUCUCCUGUGGCUGUUGAAGCAACUCACCAAAAUUUCUUUAGUGGAUCAAAAGAACUUUUAGAUAAAAUACCCGAUCAUGAGAAAGGACCUAGAUCAGAUUCAAAAGGAAAUAUAAUUAAAUAUACAGUUGUUGGAAGUGUAUAACAAUUUUUGGCUGAAAAAUCAAGAAGCUAAUAAUAAAAUAGAAAACCAGCAUAAAUAAGAGUCACUGCAAAUUCAUAAGCAACUCCUUCAACUUAGUAAUAAAAUGAUUAAACAGAAAGAGUGAUCUUUAGUUCAAAAGGUAUGUGCAAUCAUUUAUAAAGUAAUAGAAUAAUCUAGUAAGGAUAUUUAAUCAAAAAAAAACAAAGUAAAAACUAGAGACUUUUAAGAAGUAAUCUUAAAUGAAGAUCAAGUUUAAGAUCAUAUUUUUUAGAUUUAACAGAGGAUUGAAAAGAAUAAAGUAGAAGUAUGUAUAAUUUAAUAAAAAAAUGUAGAAUGAAAAAAAAACAAGAUAAUUACAAAGUAGAAUGUCAAAAGGGGAAUCUUUAAAAAUGAGCAAAUGUGAAAGAGUGAUUGAAACAUUUGAUUAGGUUCAAUAAGAUUGGGACUUGACAAAAAUUAAAUUAGAAUCAAAAAUAUAAAGAUUACCAGGUCAAUCACUUCUAGAUAGAAUAGAAUAACAUAGAAUGAAAGAAGAAAUGAAAAGAAUACUUGAUGCUUUAACACCAAUAGAAGAAAAACAAGGCAAUGAAUUUUGGGUAUUUUUAAUCAAUAAAACAUAUAGCGUCUUGGAUUAAGAAAAAAAGACUCAAAUAUUAAACCAAAGUCUUUUGUAGAUUUAUUUGAAAAAAAUUAUUAGAUCUAUGGCAAUCCUAAAUCUCCAUAAAUAGAAAUUGUUAGAAGAUCUUCUUUAAGUUAGCUUGAAUUCAAACCUUUUAGUACAUUCACAUCUCAAUCUGCUUUAAAUAAAAAGCUUUCUGAAAAUUCUGAUCUUAUUAUGAAAUUAAUACCAACCGUCCCUGACGAUGUAGGAAAUCUCGAAAUUGUUGGUAAAAAUGUACUUGAAUAAGAGAUUAUUUAAUUACGAUCUCGAUCUCAUAAAAAUUCGUUUCCUUAUGUAAGAUUUAGUAGUAAUUCAAAUUAUGAAAAAUAUAUCAUGAAAGUUCCUGCAAAACCAGAAACAUAAUAAGAUGAAGAAAUCUUAGAGGAAAAUUAUGAUAGAAAGCGUCUAAUGUCAUAGGGGAAACUUUCAGAAGUUAAAGGGUAUUUCUGA